AUGUGUGUAUUGUGUACAUUUUACACUAUACAUGCUAUAGUGCUUUUUGCAAUGGGAUACUUGGGCUUUGCUCUCUAAAUUAUUGAAGGAAUUUGACAAUCUAAACGAAGAUGCGGUUAACGCGGCGACUUCUGCAGAAUGCAGCACAAUUGCUGGAUUAUUAUUCCCAAUUUCACCCGUCGUCCUUGACCAUGAAACAGUUUAUUGAUUUCGGGACCAAAAAUGCCUGCGAGAAGACAUCGUUCAUCUUCCUGCGCAAAGAGCUACCGGUCCGGCUGGCAAAUAUCAUGAAAGAGAUCCACUUGCUGCCAGACAGUCUUCUCAGUAUGCCAUCGGUACAACUGGUAGAGAGCUGGUAUUUACAAAGUUUUCGGGAGAUCUUGGAAUAUGAACGAGCUGAUGCUGGGGAUGGUUCUAUUUUAACUGAAUUCUGUGAAAAAUUGUCAACGAUACGUAACCGCCAUGUUAAUGUUGUGGAAACCAUGGCUCAGGGUGUUAUAGAGAUGAGGGACAGCUUUGGCCGAGAUCAUAAUGUGGAAAAUCAAAUCCAGUACUUCUUAGACAGAUUCUACAUGAGCCGAGUUAGUAUACGAAUGUUAAUCAACCAACACACGUUAAUAUUUGGUGCCAAUCUGAACAACCAUCCCAGGCAUAUAGGCUGUAUAGACCCUAACUGUGACGUUUUAGCUGUUGUACAAGAUGCCUAUGAGAAUGCCCAGUUCCUAUGCGACCAGUACUAUCUGACUUCGCCUAAAGUCGACAUUCAGUUUCACAAUGCCAGCCCCACAGGGAGACCGGAUGGAGCAUUAGAAUCCAAGAAUCCGAUCCAGAUGGUGUAUGUGCCCUCCCAUCUCUAUCACAUGCUGUUUGAGUUGUUCAAGAAUGCCAUGCGAGCCGUUGUGGAAUACCAUGGCACUGCCAGCGAUGACUAUCCCGUUAUCAAAGUGAUGAUUUGUAAAGGCAAGGAGGACGUUACUAUCAAGAUGACAGACCAAGGUGGUGGUAUUCCCAGGAAUCACAUCGAUCUGCUGUUUAACUACAUGUACUCCACAGCUCCUCAACCGGAAUCAUCAGGGUCUACUUCAGCACCACUGGCUGGCUAUGGCUAUGGUUUACCGCUCUCAAGACUUUACGCCAAGUAUUUCCAGGGUGAUCUGAUCCUCAGCUCAAUGGAGGGUCAUGGCACAGAUGCCAUCAUUUAUCUCAAGGUUUUUCCCGGCGAAGCGUGUGAACUGCUUCCCAUCUACAACAAGACGUCAUUCAGACAAUAUCAACACAGCAUCCCGGUCGGAGACUGGAGUAACCCAGCGCACACGACUGGUCUGCACACAGUCCUCCACUACCCUCACACGCAUCCCCGCCAGUACCAUACAUCGGCGUCACUACGAGGCUCCCAUGACAUCAUUAAGCCAACGAUACGACGUCAUUGAUAGUUUGUUAUUGUGCCACUUGGGGUGCUCAACUGCUAUAGUUUCAGGGUUUCUGAAUGUGCCAUCCAAAAUGGGCCAUUGAACUACUGCGUAAAGAUGGGCCAUUUAACCACAGAUAGGAUAAAUAUAGCUUAUCAGAGCUGACUGUGGUUAAAGGGGGACAGGAGAUAGGUGUGAUAAUUGGUGGCCUGGUUUGACUUUCGGAUGAAAACAUUAUCCAGACAAUCUCGAACAGAGGUGGUUGCGAGUUGUGCCCAGAUGCUCAAUCGGCAUUAGAGGGUUAACUCCUUCAGUAAAUCACACUUUCAAUUGUAGGGUUAAGACUCAACACCAAUGUUACUGCAAAUGGGUCCUGACAUUGAGACACUCAAUCUGGUACACCAGGCUUCUGCCUAUAAUCUCCCUUUAAUACUAAUUAAACUGUAUGAUUUGUGGUCAACAACCUGAACUGAUGCAAUGUUUUGUUGGCCGACUGUUGGUUUAAAAUACAAUUGUUUUUAAAUUGGUGUGUAAUAAUGUGUUUUGAUUCAUGUAGAUUUUGUUUUGGUUAAUAAGGUAUGGCAAAAUGUGAUACUGUAAUCCACAACAUUUUUGCGCCUCUCAAUUUUGCAAUUUGCAAACAUUUCUUAGAAUAAUGAAAAAUUCGGCAAUUUUUGUUCUGGUAAAUUACGAAAUGCCUUUCAGUUUUUUACCUUGUUGUUGUAUAAUACAAGGUUGUUGUCGGACCUCCUGGUAUACCAGUACUUGUAGCUUGGCAGUGAAUGUGUUAAAAGUGUCUUUGAAUAUUAUUUUGUUAAGAAAUUUCUGUGAUUUUAAUCAUAUUGGAUUAUUUCUACCGGUGUCUUGAACCUAAAACGUAAAAAAAUCGCUGCUGCAAGAUUUGCUAUGAAAAUUGGAUACAUCCUUGUUCUGAUAUCUUUCAAGGCAUUUGAAAAUAGUGAUACGGAUUACUGCCAGCAUAUGGUCAUCUAGAUUACCUGAGUUUGUGGAGGGGGUUGGGGUUGUGUGGACAGGCUAGGAUACUUAAAACCUGGGUAAAAGCCAACUAACAAUCGGUGCCGACAAAAGCUUCUGGCCGCUAUGUCGCUGAAUCACUUUGCGAUUAUCGGUAGCAUUUAAAAACAAAAACAAAAUGUACAGGUCAAAUGUACAGGUGUAUGCAAUUUUCCCAAAGUUCCCAAAAUUCCUAGAACCCCCCCCCCCCUCCCCUCUGCAGUGCGUACUUAUUAAAUGGGCCCAUACUACUAUCGGAGGAUAAUCAUGCAUGAUUUGUUUGUGUUUGAGUCCCUCGGGUUUAUUUUGGCAUUUAACACUCAUAAAAUGUCUCUUGUUUUUAGUGAAUUUUGUAAAUACUGGUACAUGUUUUUGUUGAUGAAUUAGCUUUGUAAUGCAGGUUAACUAUGAUACAGUGCUGGUCCUUCUCUUCUUGUUUUAGAAAAAUCAAAUGCUCAGGCAUAACGCUUACAGGGUCAAAUGUAUCUUCCAGAAAUUAAAAGGGCAGGGUACUAAUUGAGCUUUGUGGAAAUGGGCAAGUUUCUGACUGACGGCAGGUAGCCAAAGAGAAAUGCAUUUUGAGGUGUUUGAAAGGGCAAGAUGCAGAAAAAAUGGGCAGGAAGCGGGUCACACUGAUAUGCUGAGGUCACUAGUGUCUUUUUGAAAAGCAUGCUGGGGAUUUUAAAUCAGUGGUUUUCUAGUUCAAUAGUUGUCUGAAUGAGGGACUCUAUUGCAAAACAUGGCAGUAGUAGUAGUUAACGGCCCAAUACAAUACAAAGUAUUUUGUUGAUGAAAUUGACAUGGGCUGGAAAUCUAUGUGUAUUGGACCCCUAACUACUGCUGCUUACUACAUGAAGUAGUAAAGUUUUUCAUUUCUGUCAAAUUGUCUUUGUAGAAAAGAGAAUGGUCUUUUGAACAAUGUAACUGUGGUCAUAUGAGUAAUAAAGAGGAAUAUCUGUUCAAA